AUGUUAGAUGCCGAGGUCUACCUCGAGGCGGAUCAGUCGGCUGUUGUGCCAGUCACGUGGAUUGGUGCGCCAAAUGGGGUGACGAAGGUCGUGCCUGUGCAAGUUGGGCCCGAAGUCGCCUAUGGGCAUUUCGACCCCGACAUCUGUCGAGAGGGAUCUGUGGUAGUGCACAACGAUUCUCUCCUUCCGCAGCAGUGGGACGUUGGGGAGGUUGUUGCCGCUGGUCAAGCGGUGUUUAAGGCGGAGCAAUCGGGGAAGCGUGCCCGAGCCGAGCGUGGGCUGUUGCCCGAUGCCGCCUAUGGCUCGACCUCGCAAGCCAGAGCGAGGGACACAGUAGAGAGGUAUGCCGAGCGCCUGCUCCGUGAGCAGGAUUUUUCCGUCACAGCGUGCGCCGGGUUUCUCCGCGAGUUGCAGCUCGCGUGGGAGAUGGAGCCGCAGUACGCGCGGUCGGACGGCGCAAUGCGAGCGCGGAACGCCGACGAAUGA